AUGACGACGACGACGAUCUCCAAUCUUCCAAGAGAUUUACUAGAGGAGGUUGUCUCUAGGGUUCCUUCAAAAUGUAUGAGAAAAGUGCGAUUGACUUGCAAAAAGUGGAACACUUUAUCCAAAAGUCGGAGCUUUUCGAAGAUGCGAUUAGGUAGAGAAGCUUCCGCGGCAAGGCAAGGGGAAUCUCCGAUGGUCGUAUUGAUGGAUAACGAUCUUCAUUUGGUGAGCUUCUUCGUAAACAGAAGAAAACCAUACAGAAAGCAUAGAGGCAAACUUAAUAAAGUCGAGAUAUCUCAAGUCUUUCACUGCGAGGGUUUAUUGCUAUGCAUCUUGAGAGACGAUACCAAAGUUGUGGUUUGGAAUCCGUUUUUGGGGCAAACAAGGAGGAUCGAAACCAGAUAUUCUUACGGGGGACAGAACGGAAAGUUUUUGAACAUGUACGUGUACGCACUCGGAUACGUUAAUAAGAAGAAGAAGUCUCUUCGUAGCUACAAAAUCUUGAGGUUUUUCGAUUAUGAUGUCAGACGUCCUGGUGAAGGCGAAAAACGUUUUAUAUGGUAUGAAAUAUAUGAUUUUGACUCUAAUUCAUGGAAAACGCUUGAUGUCUCUCGUGAAUGCUACAUAGGAUUUAAUCAGAGUGGCGUUUCUCUCAAGGGAAACACUUACUUUUGUGCUAACAAACUAUCGGAUGAUAACCUACUCGGCAGCCCCUACUUAGUCUGUUUCGAUUACACAAGUGAGAAAUUUGGGCCGCUUCUGCGUUUUCCGUUUGAAACUGAUGAUGAUGACUACGUGGCUAUAUCUUGUGUCGGAGAAGAGAAGCUUGCGGUUUUGCUUACACACAACGAAUCAAAUCCAUAUGAUCUUGGCGUAUGGAUUACGACUAAGAUUUGUCCAGAAGAGGUUUCGUGGAGCAAGUUCUUGAGAUUGGAUACGACACCUCAUUAUCCGAUUUCAUCUUCUUGUUUCUUCAUUGACGAGGAAAAGAAAGUCGUCAUGGGUUUUGAUGAAGACGGUAACUGGAAACGCCACAUACUUAGCAUCGUUGGAGAGGCUGGAUACUUGAAACAAUUGUUUCUCAGUGGCAACAGAAAAGAAAACACUAGGCCAAGCCCACAUGUGUGCUCUUAUGUUCCAAGUAUAGUGAAAAUCAAGCAACAUGAAGGAGGAGGAGGAGGAGACGAAAGCAAGCAACAAGACAAGUUAGAGAAGCGUCGAUAUGAUGAAAAGAUGUUGAGACUAGCCACACUUGAAAAACCAGUCGUGGAGGAAUCUACACAAGGCAAAUGCUUUAAAGGAGGCAAAUGGCAAUAUUUUGCAAAAGGCAAAAAGAGAAAACGAGAUAACUAG